AUGGACGACGGGCCGGGAGACGGCCGACCCGAGUCUCCGGGCCUCAACACCUCCGGCCCCAAAAUCAUCCGGCCCAUUCCCCGCCGGCCCUUCAAACUCGCCUUUUCCACGCCCACGCCACCGGAGGACGACGAUGAGUACACCUCACCGCGGCCGCAGAUCACCGCCAGCGACCUGCGCUUUCUCGCUCCCCACCAGCACGCCGCGGUCGCCACGCCGAGAAGCGAUAGCGGCAGCCAGGAUGGCAGCAACCCCAUCAGUCACACCACGUCCCUGCUGAACUUGACCGCUCCGGCUUUGUAUGGCAUCUAUUCACCUUCGACGCUGGGAUCGUCGUCGCUUAGUCGAGCGGAUGAGGAGGAGCCGGACCAGGACUAUUUUAGGGAGGACGCAGACCGCGGCAGCAGUUUUGGUAGUAGUGGUGGUGGUGGUGCGGAUACACCGCUGGAUUCUCCGGGACCGCUACAUUUGGCUAGUAUGGACGUGGCAGCAGAUGAGUUGAGGCGUUUGCGGUCCUCGCUUUUGGCGCGGAAGGGGAAUUCCUUUUUGGGACCAGCACCAGUAGCAACGGGAGUAGCAGUGGUGGGACAAACAGGAGGAGGAAGUAGGGCAGCCCCUUCGUUGCUUUCGAGGAGACAGGAGCGGAAGCAGAAACAACGAACAGGGAUAGUGGCCGUCCAGCUUGUGCUCCGCGCAGCGCUGCUUUUUGUCCUCGGGGUCGGCUACGGCGUGCUGGUCACGCGGCUGCCACAGAAGAAUAGUCGUUUGGGCCAGCAUCAGAACAGCAGCAGCAGCAGCAACAGCAACAGUGGCACCCAUCGACUCACCACACCCCCAGCCGCAAUCGACGAAACGAGCCUGGAGUGGCGGUACCUCGUGUUUUGGGGCGUCGCAGGCGUGGCGCUGGGGACUUUGCUGCCGUGGUUUGACCGCUUCUGGGAAGAGACAGUAGCGGCGCGGCGAGAAAAAGCCUCCGGCGCGAUGAGAAGCAGCAGCAGCAACCCCCAAAAGAGCAGCAGCAUCGACGGGCCUGAUAUCGACCUCGGAACUGACACCAACCUUAACCUCAACCCCGACGGUGACGCUGACCUCGGCGCCGACAUCGAGCCGCCACAAACAACACCCACAUCACCACCCCCAGCAGACUGGACCCUCGUGAUCCGCGGCAUCGGCGCCUUCGUCGGCAUAGCCUUUGCCAUCCGCCGCCUGCCCUGGGCAUCCACCAUGCAGGUGUCGCUGACCCUAGCCUUAGCCAACCCCUUCUUGUGGUAUCUCAUCGACCGAUCGAAGCCGGGGUUCCUAUUGAGCGCCGCGGUCGGGCUGGUGGGUGCGUCGGGGGUGUUGGUGGCUGGGGUUGUGAGGCCGCUCGGUGGAGGUGACGGUACUGGGUCGUUGUUGCGGGUUGGUGGUAGUGGUGGGUAUGAGGGCGUCUGGGGGUUUGGUGGUAAUCAUAAUAAUACCGGGCUUUCUUCGUCGUCGUCUUUUGUUGAUGACGGGAGUGUGGGGGGUACCGGGGGGAGGGGGUUACCUGUCGGGUUGGAGACGAUUGAGACCAGCAUUUGGAUGUUGAGUGUGCUGUUUUGUAGUUGUGUGUGUUUUGGUAAUAUUGGUCGGCGGCUUGUGCUUGGGUCGGCGGCUGCUGGGCGGGGGCGAUGGGGAGGUGUGAGGUGA